AUGUUGCAUGACAGGUACACGCAAGCCGCCUCCAUCUUGGGCAUCCCUCCCUUUAGCCGAGGCGUAAAGGGCAGACGCCAUAUACAAACGCACAAAAUAUCAACAAACACGACAACAAAGAGAAGCGUGAGCCAUUUUGGCAAUUUGCCGAGAUGUAACUUUUUAUUUUUUAUUUUUUUCUUUACUCAGUAUUCAACAAAUAGCUUUCGGGGGAAGAGGAGAGGAGAUGGCACGGGAAGACAGCGGCUGGUCUGGACGCCUGUGUUGAUUUUGUUUUGCUACACGUUGAAUUGACAGGCGACGUCGCGUAAAGGUUCUGCACAAAUGGCACUGAAAAACCUGGCCGUUGUCCUCUUGCUGGUGUUCCUCUGUCUGGACUGGGGCAUGGCCAAGGAGAAGGGAACCAAGAAGGGCAAGAAGAAAGGGAAGCAAGUUUACUGUCCAUCGCAGCUGUCUUCCGAAGAUCUGGCGAAAGUCCCUGCCAAUUCCACCAGUAACAUCUUGAACAGGUUACUGAUCAGCUACGAUCCACGAAUACGGCCCAACUUCAAAGGAAUCCCAGUGGAGGACCGCGUCAACAUCUUCAUCAACAGCUUUGGCUCUAUCCAGGAGACCACCAUGGAUUACCGAGUGAACAUCUUCUUGCGACAGCGUUGGAACGACCCUCGGCUGAAGCUGCCUCAGGAGUUUAAGUCCGAGUCCCUCACAGUGGACCCCAAGAUGUUCAAGUGUCUGUGGAAACCAGAUCUGUUCUUUGCCAACGAGAAGAGCGCCAACUUCCAUGACGUCACGCAAGAGAACAUCCUGCUGUUUAUCUUCAGGAACGGAGAUGUGCUCAUCAGUAUGAGGUUGUCCAUCACCCUCUCCUGCCCACUGGACCUCACCCUCUUCCCAAUGGACACUCAACGGUGCAAGAUGCAACUGGAAAGCUUUGGCUACACCACAGACGACCUGCAGUUCAUGUGGCAGACAGGUGACCCAGUGCAAAUGGACGCCAUCGCUCUGCCUCAGUUUGACAUCAGACAGGAGGACAUCGACUACGGCAACUGCACCAAGUUCUACGCAGGCACAGGGUACUACACUUGUGUGGAGGUCAUCUUCACCCUAAGGCGACAGGUGGGCUUCUACAUGAUGGGUGUGUACGCCCCCACGCUGCUCAUUGUGGUGCUGUCGUGGCUGUCCUUCUGGAUUAACCCUGAUGCCAGCGCGGCCCGUGUGCCCUUAGGCAUUCUCUCCGUGCUGUCCCUGUCCUCUGAGUGCACGUCCCUGGCCUCGGAGCUGCCUAAAGUGUCUUAUGUGAAGGCCAUAGACAUCUGGCUGAUCGCGUGUCUGCUGUUUGGGUUCGCCUCGCUGGUGGAGUAUGCUGUGGUGCAGGUCAUGCUGAACAGUCCCAAGCGCAUUGAGGCGGAGAAAGCCAAGAUGGCGGCCAAGGAGAAGGCGCUGGGGAGGAGCCAGGCUGCACGGAACAACACGGUGAACGGGACCGGGGGCACGCCGCUGCACGUUAGCACGCUACAUGUUGCAGAGACGCGCUGUAAGAAAGUCUGCACCUCCAAGUCAGACCUGCGCACCAAUGACUUCAGCAUCGUGGGCUCCCUCCCAAGGGACUUUGAGCUCUCGAACUUUGACUGCUAUGGCAAGCCCAUCGAGACAGGUGGGAUCCACGGCAAAUCCCAGGCCAAGGGAGGAAAGAAGGCCCCGCCCCCCAAACCGGUCAUCCCAUCUGCUGCCAAGAGGAUCGACCUUUACGCUAGAGCACUCUUCCCCUUCUCCUUCCUCUUCUUCAACGUCAUAUAUUGGUCCAUUUACUUGUGAUCACAUAUGGUUUACUCCUCACUUGAUAUAGUCUGGCUAGCCCUACAUCUUUCUCAUUUUGUUUCAUAUGGAGAAAUUCAGUCCGGUUUUCAGGGUUUCAAGUACAUGGCAUUUUCCUGUUAUGGACGCCAUUUGUAGGACUAUUUUGUUUGGAAUUGGUAAAGGUGCACCAUGUAACUUUUCUCAUAAGGAGGUCUGCUACAUGCUUGUCUCCAUGGAGAUGUUGCUGAAAGUUCUUUGAAAAUUCUUAGACUUUGUUGCUGAAACUUGCCCUAGUUGCGCCACUUGUUUUUCACCAUGGAGAUAAGUAAGAUGCUACACUGUGGAAGAUUCCAGGCAAAGCGAGAAUAUCUCCAUAGAGACCAGAGAAGUUACAUUGUACUCUUUUAUUACUAUGGCAGCAUUCCUGAGUUUUAAACUCUAUAUAGGGAUUGCUCUAUAGAGGUUGAACUUGGCUUGGCUACCUAUCUUACACAGAAGAGACUUUCUUAAACCAAAACAAUCGAGAUGGCGUCCAUGCUGGAUCAAUUGUUUACUCCUUUUCUUCCGUGUGCUUUAUAUACCCAGAACAUGUCCAAAAACACAGCAACUGGCAGCUCGAAAAUAUAUUUUUAACACAUGACGAGACUUAGAAAAAGUUUAAUGUGUUUUUUGGAAGAUUGCUGGGAAGAAAAAUGAACAUUACAAACUUUCUCUGUAGAAUACAAUAAGAAAGAUGUAUCGCUAGUCGGGCUAGAGGUGUAUUGGAUAAACAGGAAUCCAAAGAGAACUGUUCUUCCGAAAAUAUCAAACUGUGUGUUGAUAUGGUAUUUAUAUAAAUCUAAAAAAGCUUACUAAUGUUCAUUUGUGUUGUCUUGGCCAGCCACACCCAUAGUGAAAUGGGCAUGUUACACCUCAUUGAUCUCACUUUAUCCUCUGGUGUAGCCAAAGUCUAUAUUAUCGUAUGCAGUAAAAUCCAUUAGUGUCAAUUUUACACCAGACACACAACACUCCAUUUAUGCAGGGUUAAACUAUUAUCACAUAUUAUUCCAGACCGAUCAUAACUAUUUAUCUACCAAGGGGCGGGGCUUAUGUGAACUGUCUGUUAUCUGAUUGGUUGUAAUUGAAUUUUUUUUUUUUUUGCCUCCAUUUGUCCCGCCCCCACAAAUCUAUUCAAAACUACAGGGACCAGACUAUCUCUUUAUACGGAAUCUUUAAAAAAAAAAGUUUUAGAAUGGCUGGCCAGGCUACUAUUGUGUAACUUGUUAUACCUUUUAUGUAUUAUUAAAACACAUCAUUUAUACAUUUUAAAAAAGGUACAGUUUUUGCUGGCUGAUAAAGUGGUAGAGAAUAUGCAAAGUUGUACACCUUUUUACAUCCCGUCGCAAUUUUGAGUUCAGCUUUAAUGCUAACAGUGUAGCAUUGUUAAUACCUUGCAUGUGAAAAAGAAAGUGCAUGUAUAUUUAUGAUUAUUAAAAAAAUCUAUACAGAUGCAUACAGAAAUAUUUAUUAUUAUUAUUAUUAUUACAGUUAUAAUUAUGCUUCUAUUUAUUCUUCUAGUUUGCUCUCAAAAAGACAAAGUGGAUUAUGUAAAGCAAUCAGCUCCUGUCCAGAUGGUCAUGUGACACUGCCACACCCUCUCCUGUAUGGUUUAGCCACGCCCACCCCUGCCCACCCC